AUGGAAGGGACUUGGUAUUACCUGCCUGCGGAGAUCCGCGCAAUGAUCUUGGAAGAAAUUGCUCGGCAACGGCAUUGUGGCUGGGCGUCUUUCGCCGCUGUCUCUCGGGAGUGGCAAGCAGUAUUGGAGCCUAAGAACUUCCUCGCCCUAAAGCUGCGAAUCUCAUGUCUGGAGGACAUGGAACACAUGGUCAAUCGGUCAGCCCAUUUGGUUCGUCGUGUUUGGUUGCAUAUCGAACUGCCACGAUACAGCUGCCGUAACUGCACAACAAAGGAGUCCCGAUAUUGGAGCGAUCGCAAUAAUACCGUUGUCAAAGGUGCUAUCGUUAAAAUGUUCUCAAUCAUCUCCUCUUGGAAGCCCAGGGACCGGUUGGUGUUGGAACUCAGUGCAUACACACGCAGUGAUAUGGAGCACAAGUUUAAUCCUCGCGCUUUCGAGCCAGGGUACCACUAUCAUGAUCCGAAGCACGACUGGUAUAAUGGUCGUCAGAGGUGGCUUGAUGACAGUGAUAUACGGCGACUCUUUUCCUUAUUCUUGAAUCGACCACCAGAAGAGCUUCUCGAGGUUCCUGCAGUCACAGAUCUCGUGAUGCGUCGGCAAUCAAUGGGCGCUGAGGUGAAGACAAUAUCUAUUCUGGAAGACUUUAAUGAGGAUGUUCAGACGGCAUUGGCUCUUAGUGGAGCUGUCCUUGCCCACGAAGAAUUCCUCUUCCCUCGUGAGCUAGUCGGUGCUCUUGCCCUUCGGAGUUGCAGUCUCGAGCACCUCUCUGUUUCAUACAUGCUCUGUGCUCGUGUCUUUUAUGAGGAAUGUCAGCCUACUUACAAAUGGGAACGCCUUCAGUCGUUGGCUCUAACAACACCCUCUCUAAUCCCCACGGGGAAUGGAGGGCUUAUCCAGGAGCUGCUUCUCACUGCCGGUCGGGUCGCGCUGAGAAUGCCGAAGCUGCAGGACUUGGCGCUUUGGAAUGGGAAAAGGGGAGAAGCGUGCGCUUUCAUUUAUCACAAGGGGAGGCAGAGCCAGGACGAAGCCUCACUGACGUGGCGCGGAACUUGGGAUUUCAGCCUCGACGGUGUAGCAGAAUGGUGGCAGAAGAAUCUUGGCCCAGUGAAAGUGAAAGUCAAGUACGAGCAAUUGCAAAAGGAAAUCAUCCACUCACACGGCGACGCCAUCCACCAUUUGCGUCUGCCACGGGGCGUGAUCGAUCCAGAAUCACUGCGGCAGAUACGCCAGGAGGGGAUGCUGGGCGGCGCUGCAGCGUUUCACGGUGUUAUUGCCGAAGCUGCAGAGCUAUCAACAGCCCAUGGUGAAGCUGUCAUCCUGUCUGCUUGA